GAAGAAGAAUCGGGUGACUGCCGGGUUUCGAUAUCUAAUGAGCUCUCUAUACCGGUACAAGACGAAGAACACCAAAAAUGUCUCCGGUUGCUCGAUAUUUUUACAGGUAAGUUUUCGAAUUAUUGUGAUGGUAGUAAUUUUAUUCUCUCGUGUACUACUGUGGUAAUAUAUGUAUGCACUUUUGUUUGGUGGCAGCUUGUAUAUUUGACGCACGUAGACUGGACUGCUAGUCACGUGGACCGCACUGUGGCUCCAAUUGACUUUUGGACCACAAAACACUGCAAGUCAGUGUACAAGUGGAUUCGAGACCACGGUGGUCACACAAGUGGAAAGGUGAAAUUGACUAACACGUAUGUGUUACUACCAAGUUUUGAAUCCGCUGCAGUUGGGCAACCCACAAAUGACGCAAUAUACAAAGCUGUGUGUGAGUUGAAAGAUGAGGUCUUCCGGCUUGAUUUGAAGGUGAGCAGCGCAAAAGAGCUGUUACUGAAGGUACUCUCCACUUACCUUGGGAAGGGGACUAUGAAUGAAGUGUUGGAGAUACCUGAGACGAGCAAAGUUCAGCGCUCGCUUUCGUUCAACGGGGAGACCGAGAAGAAGGAUGACGUGGGUGUCGAGGAAAAGGAUGGUGAAGGGACGAAGGAUAAAUUGGAAGAAGAUGUUGAUGAUGUAGAGAGUGUCCCUUCACUUAAUCUAUCAGAAGACAAGGUCGUUGUUCCAACUAAGGUGGUUGUUUCUGAUGAUUCGUUUGAGGUUAUGAACUUUUGGGGAGAAGAUCUCCCCGCUAUUGUAAAAGAGGAAGUUGAGCACACCGUGAAGGAUGAUUUUGAUGAUGCUACGUUUGAAAGAUUCAAAGAAUCUGGAGGGAAGGUGAUUGGUCUGUUCACUGUGAAGAAGGGUUACUCAAAUCAACAGUACGAGUUGUUCCGUUACAUUUUCUCUAGCGCCAAUGAUCCGAGUGAAGUGUUAGCCCAUUUUGGGAAGGUUGAGGUCGAGCGGAGGUUUUUCAAAUGCAUGAAACCGGAGACCGAUAUAUCAAACAGUGUCAUUGAUUGCUUUGCUCAAAUCAUGAAUUUUUGAGAGAAGAAGCGCAACGGCAUUGGAAGAAAGAGAACUUGGUUUAUGCCCACCAGAAUUUCGAGCAAGUUACUUGGAAGAACGAUGACUGUGGAAAGGAUGGCGAAGCAGCAAGAGUGGUCCACUCUUUAUUACGAUGCAGAUUUGAGUUUAUGUCACACUAUGGUGGUACCCCUACUGGAUACCGAGAGUGCUCCGCACUGGUUUGCGGCGAAUGUGAGCAUGGAUAAUACAACAGUGGAAAUUAGGGACUCGUUGUCUUCUGCAAUGCAUAAGAGGUCACGUCGGAGCACCUGCGUAGAGAUGGUAUGCACGUGUGUACAUGGUUUGCUGUUUUAUUAGUGUAAUUGCAAUAAUCUCAACUGUGAUUGUUUUAAUUUUUUUGCAUCUCCAAACUUUGGACCAAUUGUUUGCCCCUGUCAAGCCAGGAGACCUGAAUUUCAGCGAAUUUGUAAUUAUUUCUUCAAGCAAGGACUACCCACAACAACAAAAUGGCCACGAUUGUGGAAUGUUUGUAAUGAAGUACAUGGAAUCACUAUUCGAGGAAAAUGAAAUAAUGGAAGAGGUAAUGUAAUGUUGAUUUCUUUAGUUUAAGUUUUCAUCCAGUUAACUAACUGUUUAUAACGAAAUUGAGGUGUCAAUCUAUUUUUUGACGGAUUUGUUUCUAUGGAUUCGGUUGUCAUGUGUAUUACUAAAUUGGUUUCCUAAUGUACAAUGCAGUUUGAUCCUAUUGAAGCCAGACUGGAUUGUGUUGGGAAAAUUGUCACCCACGAGAGUAACCAGGCUAAACAUGCUGUGAUGGAGGGAGUUAAGAAGCAAUUUGGAUUGAGCAAAACCAAAGUUCUUCCAUCAACAUCUUCAACUUUACCAUUACGUAGUCCAUCAAGGUCUCCUCGAGACCCCCGAUUCAGCACAGCGAAGGCCAGGUCCGAAAACAUGUGGACUGACAAGAGCAAGUCCCCGAAAACCCGUCAUUCUAAAAGGCUGGCCAUAAGUAACAAGUAGUAUAUUACAAUGGUUACAAAAGUUACGUUAUUUAUAUAUUUAGUAUAUUCAGUACAAUGGUUACAAAAGUUAGGUUUUAGGUCAUAAAUUAUAUUUAGUGAGUCAUGUUAUAUACUUGCAUCAUACUACUGUUAGGUGAUUUGGAAUUGCACUAAUGUUGGUAAUUUUAUAAUUUACUAUAGGGUAAGACUUGUGGUAGUUUUUGGAAUUUGGUGGAACAGAUUAUUAUUACUGUAUGGUGAUUAUUAUUGUGAAUAUUAUUACUGUUGUUA